AUGCACGAAACAGAUGGAAUACUGAUGAAGCAAAUGAAUGCAAGGGCUCAGUUGAAGUCUUUGGAAGGGGCCAAUAAGGCGGAGAUGAAGGGUGGGGACGGAAGACGAAAUCUAUCUGAUGGUAUCAGCAACGAGCGUCAGGAAGCAGUCGGUUUUGACCAAAGAUUCCUCUGGGGACUUUAUGUUUGUAAUGCCCCUUCCCAAUUUCUUGAAGAGAUUAUUCGAGUACGUGUCAAAGAAAUGGAGGGAGGGAGGAAUGGGUGGAAUACAGACGACCUGUGUGCUACUUAA